AUGGAAGAGCCUAUCUAUGACCCCAGCCGCCCCAUGCCGGAAAUCAACAUUGCAUACCAAUACAAACUUGUCAAUUGCCCUGGAAAAAGUAUUGUCGGUCUGCGGGUUGAGUUCCCGCCUCACGGCUCGACUCCUCCCCAUCGGCAUGGAGGCGCGUCGGUUUCAGCCUAUGUUAUCAGCGGUAACUUGCUCAACAAGAUGAACGAUGAUCCAAUGAAAGUGAUCAAAACUGGCGAGACGUGGUUUGAGGCGCCCGGAUGUCACCACCGGAUUAGCGAUAAUGCCAGCAAAACGGACCCAGCCACACUAUUUGCGGUAUUGGUUUUGGAUACCGAUGUACUGGAGCGGGAUGGAAUGGAUGCUAUAAUCCAAAUCGAUGAGGAAUAUCGCUGA